ACUGCUCAAGACUUUUGCAUCACUCUAAACUCUGACUGUUUAGUCCUAAUACGUGGCUUAUGUUGUUCAAACACCUGAAGCCUCUGUGUUUUAACACCUUUAAGGUUUAAACCAACAUCAUAACUGUUCAAGAUUUUCUCAUUAAGUUCAAGAAACAACAAACCCAGAUCCCUUUUUGUUAUCAAGCUUCUUUCUUAAGUCCCUCUCUUUAUUCUUCUGGGCUCUUCUUACAAAUUUCAGGAAAAGAUUUACACAGCUUUCAACUUACUGGACACUGCAAAGCUACUCCUACAGGUUCUUUAAUUGUAAUGCAGUUUCAGAAGACUAUAGAGAGAAUUAGACAUAUAGGUCGCAGUGUUUUGGCUAGCAAAGCAAAUGAGAAUAUGAGGCUUACCGUAACAACUUUAAUUGGAGUGUUGUUUGGCAUCUUGAUUGGAGUAUUAUUUCCUAUUCACUCAUUAAGUAAGCUGAGUCUUUCCUCGGGUCUUCUUACCCUCUCUGAAAAUAUUCAUAUCAAGAAUUCCAGUCUUCCAGAUCAAGCUAAAGUUCAAACAAAUGACACAUCUGAGAUAUGGGUCCCAUCAAAUCCACGAGGUGCGGAAAGAUUACCCCCCGGCUUUGUUGUGCCUCAGUCAGACUUGUAUCCUCGCAGAUUGUAUGGUAAACCCAGUGAGGACCUUACUGUCAUACCGAAGUAUCUUGUGACAUUUACUGUUGGUUAUAAGCAGAUGCCUAAUAUUGAUGCUGCUAUUAAGAAGUUUUCAGGUAACUUUACCGUCCUUCUGUUUCAUUACGAUAAUCGAACAAGUGAUUGGGAUGCAUAUGAGUGGUCAAAGAAGGCUAUUCAUAUAAGUGUGCAGAAGCAGACAAAAUGGUGGUUUGCAAAAAGAUUCCUUCAUCCUGAUGUUGUUGCUGCCUACGAUUACAUAUUUGUCUGGGAUGAAGACCUUGGCGUAGAGCAUUUUAUAGCUGAAGAAUAUAUAAAACUUGUGAAGAAGCAUGGAUUAGAGAUUUCACAGCCUGGCUUGGAUCCCAACAGAGGGUUCACAUGGCAAAUGACAAGGAGAAGAGGCGAUCGUGAAGUUCACAAAGAAACAGAGGAGAGACCAGGCUGGUGCCCAGACCCUCAUUUACCACCUUGCGCGGGGUUUGUGGAAAUCAUGGCACCUGUUUUUUCUCGAGAAGCAUGGCGUUGCGUUUGGCAUAUGAUUCAGAAUGACUUAGUUCAUGGAUGGGGUCUCGACUUUGCUGUUCGAAAAUGUGUUGAGCCUGCUCAUGAGAAAAUAGGCGUUGUAGAUGCCCAGUGGAUUGUACAUCAAGGUAUUCCAUCACUAGGGGGACAGGGUGAAUCUAACAAUGGAAAGCCACCAUGGCAAGGGGUGAGGGAGAGGUGUCGAUCAGAAUGGAAAAUUUUUCAAGAUCGAAUUGACAAUGCAGAAAAAGAUUAUUACAAGUCACUGGAAACAUCCAGCUCCACAUGAUAUAGCCAUUCAAAAUCAACAGAACUCGACCAUAUACAAAGUUCGCGACACGCUUCAAUUUUACUACUGGAUCCGAAAAAUUCAAGUAUAGUAUUGGAAGCGCAUUAUGUACUUAUCUAUACAGUCGCUUCCAUAGAGGUAGAUCGCGUAGCUAGAAAAUACUGAUUGAGGGGCUAGCUCCAGUGAAACCAAAUAUUAUUGGUGUAAUAUAUUCUCUAUGAUUUUAUGUACUCCAUUAGUCCUAA